AUGGAUUGGAACACCUAUUCUGGGCAGUUUGUUUUUGGAGAGCUGCGAGGAUAUGGCGUGAUGAAGUAAAAAGACGGUGGAAGAGACGAAGGGGAAUUCUCCCAAGGACUGAGAGAAGGUCAUGGUUGCCUAGUGGAACUAGCUGGACAGACGUAUCAAGGAUCGUUUCAUAAUAAUAAAAAGCAUGGAGAAGGGCAAAUGAUAUUCAGAAACGGCGAUCGGUACGAAGGAGGAUGGGUCCUGGACCGGUGCCAGGGGCACGGAGCGUGGUGCUCAGCCAACGGAACCACUUACCAGGGCCAGAGGUGGGAUGACGCGUUCAGCGGCCAAGGCAUCCUGACUCACUGCUCCGGAAUCACCUGCGAUGGGCUGUGGAUCCAUGGCUUCCCAGCCACUCCUGCCAAGAAGAUCGUAAUUUUGGGCCCAGAGGUGAUUGAGCUGAUGGAAGACUCUCCCAUUUUCCUUUCUGUCGAGCUGCAAACCGAGGAUGGGGAAGUUGCUGAGGGUAAGAGCCUCUUUAUGUGGCCGCUGCUAAUUUCAGCUUUGAGCCAGGGGAAGGCGGCCCUCUCGGACAUCCACUUGGGGCAAUUUUUCUUUCCUCCCCGUUAUCCCAAGCAUCCUGAAACACAGCAGGCUCAGGAAGAAGAAGCCGCCAGACAGAUCGGCCGGCAGAAGACGCAUCGCCCAAGAACCAUCCGUCCCUGGCUCCCGCGGCCGGAGGCGGUCUUUAAUUGCCCUCGUUGGAGGGAAUUCAUGAGAAGACCAGACAUCCACCUGUCAGGGGUGGUUUCAGGAUCAUUAAAUCAAGGGCAGUGUGAUGCAGGGGGCUGGACUCGCGGAUUUGAGUGCAUUAGCUAUCCUUUGAUGGAUGUUGCGCCCACGAGCCCGGAAUCCAGAGCCAGCCAGGGAUCACCAAUCCCCGAGGGGAGCAUGGAGCCGGAAUUUGGAUCAGACUCCAAGCUCGGCGGCGAAGGCAAUGCCCCUGGGCCCGCAGAUGAAAAGUCUCUGGUCUCGGCAAUGGAAAGCGUAGGUCCUUCUCCCCGAACCCGCCAACGUGUGGACCGAGGAGCCGUUUGAUUUAAAGACGUCAGGUUGGUCCCUCCUCCUCCCGGACACUGGGCUCGCAGGUUCGGGGAUGAUCCGAGCCAGAGAAGAAGGAGAAAGCCUGCUGGAAGAUUGGGUGCCAAGAAAGAGGGGAAGAAGACAGCAUCCCCAGGAAAGGCGGGUGACAGCAGGUCCAGGGCACCCACGGAGGGGAGUCUGAAGCUUCCAAUGGACCAGUGCUCCCCAGGUGACUAUGUGAUUGGGAUUCAUGAUACCAACUGGCCACCGUUCCUGGGCCAGACUCUCCCCUCCACCUUCAAACUCUUGAGGGUUUUACCAGGAAAGAACCACUGCCAGAGAGUCCAGAAGGACAUUUCAAAAGCCCCCAAGUAG